AUGGGGUCGGCGUUGAUGCUGCCAAUCAGUCGGGGCGAUAGGUCGAAAACUGUCAGCGGCGACGCAGACAUGGCCACCGUUCCCGGCAGCAGCAGCUCCGCCGGCGGGCCCGUCCUAGAGGUUCUCGCUCACGAACGGCUCAUGCCGGCCCUGCGCUCCGCCUUUGAGUACGUUGCCGCCCAGCGGCACCCUUGGCUGCUGCUCCGAGUCCAUUCGCUGCGCGAGGAGCUUUUUGCUGCGCUCAGCUGCGCACUUGAGGCGCACUCGUUGCUGCGCCACGGCGCCUCCUUCUCGGAGCACUUUUACUUCAUGCAGCGGGGCGGCGUGAGGAGCGCCCGACGCGCCGGCUGGUCUCCGUUGGAUGCCCUGGCGGAUCGGUUCGCCGCGGUGCGAGGCCCUCGCCGGCUGCUGCUCGAGGUGCUCGUCCUGUGCGCCAUGUCGCCGAUGGAGCAGCCCACCGCCGCGCCCUCCGGCUACGUCUUUUGCGCAAAGUGCAUCACCCGCGCGGUGCGGCGCCACGGGCGCUGCCCUCUCACGCACGCUCCGGCGACGCUCCCGUCUCUCGUCCGCUUGUACGAAACCUCUCGCGCACCGCCCGCGCCGCCAGCGGAGGAGCCGCCCGCGCUCUCAUCCGCGUGA